UUUGCCCACAGUCCUGCAGAGCCCAGGUCAGAUCCACAUGGCUGCCAUCUGCUCCUCCAGUUCGGACCGAAUCCGCAGCUCAUUAUCUGUGAAACAAGCAUUGAUUGCGAGCUACCCUUCCCAUGCGCAAACCCUGACUGGAAGCGUCGAGUCAUAGAAAAGCAUUCAACAGCUUUCUCAUCAGUUCAAGAUGCUUCAUAAUCUUCGAAGGCGCUCAUAAUGAUAUAUACUUGGAUCGGGCCGGUCCUCUCCCGACGGCUUACUCCGUUUGAAAUCGAGGGUACGCUCUUCAGGGUGUGCCCAGAACAAAACAUGAGGUAGAAUGAAGCGCCACCGAUGAGAACGAGGGACCGUUUCGGGCGGUACCGAAGGCGAGACACAGCUCCAGUCAUACAGAAGCGACACAGCAAGAACAUAGAAGAAGGCUGCCUGACAGUUCUCGAGCGAACCCCACUUUCCAGACUAUCCGCACUGGAUCGGGAAACAAGAGUGUCAUUUGCGAGUCUACAGAGGCCGCAGCCGCAGCCUCACCGCCAACUUCGUCCUAUUUCCUGGAUCUCGGUGGUGAUCACCAUCUGAAACUUCCAUUAAACCCUGCUUUGUUAUUACGGUGUGUCAGGAGACUCGUGGCAGCAGAAUUAGGUGCGGGAGAAUCGCGGCUCCCCACCUACUAAAGGGUGGUUGGAUCAGCACCACUCGCC